CUUUCUCACAUGCCAUAAUAUUUAUUCUAUUUUUUUAUACGUGCCGUCUCGGGCUUUUGGUUUCUUAAAACUGUCUAAUAUAAUAGGUUUCAAAAUGCCUGAUAUCCUUCUUGUAUCCGACCAGGAAAAGAGGAUAAAAUCUCUAAAACGGCGUAUUGAAACCUGGCGUGUUUUUCUCGUUGCCUUGUAUUCUGUCCUCAUAUGGACUGAAUCCUGGUACCCUGCACCUAUUGUUGGAACCAUUAGUACUGUAUUUCUGAUGUACUGGUAUUGGAAUCCUCCAAUCAUCACCUCCAUUUCUCUAUUUUUUAUGAUGCUCAGUUUGAUUGAUUACAGUGUUCCUAGAAUAUGUAGUUGUAUAUCACAACCUCAUCAAUGGACAGCAUCAAAUGAGAAAAAGUUUGAGAUAAUCUGUGAAACUCUGGUGAAAACUCAAGAUAAAAUUUACAACCAGAUGACAUAUUUUAUUGAUCUCAAAAGGACAAAUCCUAAAAUGUAUUUCUUGUCACUCUUUUCAUUCUGCAGUCUUUCAGCUUGGAUCGGUUACACAGUCAACAACUGGCUCAUUUGUUUUAUUCUCGUCACACUCGUCUCAUUGUAUCCCGGCGUCAAACACAACGAAGUACUAUCAAAAUUUCUGUCGAUAUUCCUACACCGAGUCACCAAUGGCAUCCGAUCGUAUACAGAAAAGGAUUCUGUUAAAAAUAAGUAAAUGGGAACUUGAUGAGUCUCAAAGUCAGAGUUUGUGUCUCUACUAUCUUAGGUUUUUAAAUCACGAUUGGGGCUUUUUAAAUGGUGGCAUACUAGUCUUUAAUUUCUGUGCUUGAAGGUUCAAUCCAGAUAUAAUUCUCUUUGUUCGUUUAGUUUUCUAAUUUUCAAACUGGAGCAACGAACCUUAAAAUUCCGUGAUUUUGAAGUACUUAAAUUAUUAUGAUGUACGUUUAGAAAUUGUACAUUUUAGUAAAAUUUGCCUCACAGAACUUUGAAAGGGGAGAGGAGUAAGGAGAUAUCCUGAAAGGGUUUUCCGUAUUACUCUGACUCUUUCUCAAUUUUUUUUUCUUUAUUACACUAAUUUAAUGAUGACAUUGAAAAACUCAAAAGUAGGAUCAUUAUCCUACUAGGAUUAAAUGAAAAGAGCAACUGAACAAAACAUCUUUGUAUUAUUAAUCAAAAUAUACGAAUCAUUUGAUGUGUUGAAAA